AAAGACGAUGUUGAUAGAGACUUCAUAUUGGAGGGGGUAGCCAACGGUUUCCACAUAAUAGAUUCUAAUAUGGUGGAUCAGGUUCAACCAGCAGAAGUAGAAAAUUAUAAUUCGUGUAAACAACACUCAAAAUUAGUUCAAAAACAGAUCAAGUGUGAAAUAACAAAUGGUAAUUAUGUAAUUACUGAUGAAAAGCCGGUCAUUAUUAGUGCUCUAGGGGCUAUACCAAAAUCCAAGACUAAAGUUAGACUAAUUCACGAUGCUAGUCGUCCCAUAGACAAAUGUGUAAAUAGUUAUGUUACCAGUGACUGUUCAUGCUCUUAUAUGGACUUGCGCGAAGCAGCCAAGCACAUAACACCUGGGUGUUAUCUUGCAAAAAUUGAUUUGAGCUCAGCUUAUAGAUCAGUUAAAAUCCAUCCGUCUAAUUAUAAAGCUACUGGUUUAAAAUAUAUUUUUGAUGGCGAUACGUCCCCCACUUUUAUGUAUGAUACUAAGCUCCCUUUUGGAGCAUCAAAAAGUCCUCAGAUUUUUCAAACCCUGACAAGUGCCGUUUGUAGAAUGCUGAAAUGUAAAUAUGGUUUUUUAGCAAUAGCAUAUUUAGAUGAUUUUUUGGUGUUUGGUAAAACAUACGAUGAAUGUUUUAAGGCAAUGGUUAAACUUGUACAGUUACUUCGUAUUCUUGGUUUUGCUAUUAAUUGGUCAAAGUUAGAAGGCCCUACCCAAGAAAUUGUUUUUUUGGGCGUAUUGAUCAAUACUGUCUCUAUGACUUUUUCGUUAUCACGUGAUAAACUUGUAUCCUUUUACGAAAUACUUAUGAACUUUUCUUCGCGAAAGCGAGCAAGUCGUAAACAACUUGAGGUAUUAAUCGGAAAGUUAAAUUGGGCUUCACAAGUGAUAAAUGGAGGCCGUACCUUUUUGCGUAGAAUCAUUAAUAUGAAAGACAAUUUGUGCGACAACUCGCAUAAAAUGAUUCUAUCGGAGGAGUUCUUUGCAGACUUGCAUUGGUGGAUCGCGUUCAUGUCGGUAUUUAAUGGAACAUGUGCAAUUCUAGACAAUAAAACGAUUACUUCGAUACAGACUGACGCGUCCUCCGAGGGAGGUGGCGGUUAUUAUAAUGGGGAUUAUUUCUAUGUGAACUGGCAACUAGAUUUACCUCCCUUGGCACAGGAACAUAUAAAUGUGAAAGAAUUCCUUGCAAUCUAUUUUGCAUUUUGUCGUUGGGGGCCUACCCUCUGUAAUAAACAUGUUAUUGUGUACAGUGACAAUAAGUCGGCAGUUUCAUGGAUCAACAAAGGGACAUCGAGGAACACUCUAGUUAUGUACAUACUACGUCUCAUGUUUUGGAUGUGUGCAAUUAACAAUGUUUCACUAAAAGCUAAAUAUCUUCCAGGAGUCUGUAACAAUAUAGCGGAUGCAUGCUCACGUCUCCACGAACCAGAUAAACUAUGCCUUUUAUAUUCAUGGAUUCCCUCGCUUAGCCUCUGUGAUUUCAGUGUGUACGAACUUUCUCAGCAUAUGUCAUUACACUUUAUAUCUCACAGGUGGCUCCACAGUUCGAGACUUAGAGGCAGCAGCGACACUCUACAAAGAAAAGGCGUGGGCUAAGUCGACACAUUCUACAUACGACACACAGUCAAGGUGCUUUCUGAACUUUUGUGAUAAUAUCCGCCAACCCACGAUUCCAGUUUCGUCCUCGGUACUGCAGAUGUAUGCGACAUAUCUUGCGAACAAUCGUGGUUUCCGGUAUGGUACUAUUCUACAAUAUCUCAAUAUCAUUGUCCAUAUGCACAAGAUAUCUGGUUUUGACGAUCCUGUGGCUACUGACUAUCAACUUAAACUGGUCCUUCGUGGUAUUAAGCGCGAUUUGGGUACCGCUCAAUCCCCAGUGGCCGCCAUCUCGCCGCAUCAACUAUUAAAAAUCAAGGCGGUUUUGAACUUGAAUGAUUUGUCUGACCUAGUAUUCUGGUGUGCUUGUUUAAUCGCUUUUUACGGACUUCUACGCCCUGGGAAUGUUACAGUUAAGGGAUCCACAUUCAACAAAGAUACUGAUGUUCGACGUAUUGAUUUGCUUCCACAUGAAUGGGGAUUCCUAUUGUGUUUGAGUAAGACAAAAACUAUACAGUUCAGAGAGAAAGCAGUAGAGGUUGUAUUACCAAUGACAGGGAACGCUCUAUGUCCCGCGUCCGCUUUGCAUGCUCUGUUACGCCGUACAGGGCCUAUUGACCCGCUUGGACCUCUUCUAAUUCAAGAAGAUGGUUCUCCAUUGAGCUAUAAGGCUUUUUGUGCAAAACUACAGCUUAGCUUAAAAUUAGCAGGGGAGGAGAACUCUCAGAUUCGUGCCCACUCUUUUCGCCGAGGUGGGGCCUCGUGGCUCGCAAAGUUAGGUUUUUCAAUCGAAACCAUUAAAUCGAUUGGCUAUUGGUCAAGUGAUGCUGUGUUGAGAUAUAUCGAGUCAGACUUUUCGACAAAAUUGAAUGUAGCAAAACAGUUUGGUUCUUCGCUAUGUUAACUUGUUAAGUCUCUAUAUUGACUGGUAAGGUGUUCUGAACUUUAAAAGUCUUGCGUUCAAAAUGAACUAUAACAUUGAUUUCAUUAUUAUUAUUAUUAUCUUUUUCCCAUUCACCAACUACCUGGGCUGGGGUAAAGUUAUUUUUAUUUUUCUCCAAUUAUAUCACUAUUACUAUCAGGUUGUAUUAUAUACUUCUUGGUGGUUUUGUGGAUUUGUAUGUAUCUUUUGUUUCUUUGGUUGAGAUAACCUAAUAAAUGUAUCCGCCCAGUU